AUGGCCUCCGACGCCGAGGUGGGCGAAGGCCAGGGCGGGGAGUUCCGGCCGCCGCACGUACGUCUGCUCGACAAGCUCUCCAGGCACCUCUUGCGGCUCUCGAACGAUUUCCGCAACGAGGUCAAUGCCAACCGGCGCCUCGCUGCGAGCGCGGGACAGUUCACGGGCCGUUUCCAGAAGGAGUCGAAGAGGUUGAAGGCGCGCGCCGACAUCGUGAAGCAGGACGUUAGACCCGGCUUCCAGCAGUUCUGCGAGCUCGCCAAGAAGAAGUCGGCGCGCUACGCUUCGAAGCAAACACCCAAGACGGAGCUGUUGGACGAGCUGGCUGCGAUGUGGUCCGCGGCGGGCGCACGCGACCUCCGGGUGAUGCAGAGCCGCGCUGCGGGCAAGAGGGGCGUCGGCUUCGCGCCGGUGGGGUCCAGCGGGGACGAGGGCGGGAGCGACGGGACGUGA